AUGUCAGAAUCCGUCCCUGUCAUCCCAACAAACGCAAUUCCUCCUUUUCCUCCUUCCUUCACCGACCCCACCCUCCUCCUCCACGCCCUCAACACCGCCAACCCCGUCCAGGACAUGCAUCCCCGCUCAUCAAAGCCAUCUACCCCCAGGCCAGAGACCGCAGACUCCACCUCCUCUGGCCACCAGCGCUCUCCAGAGGUCGGCAGACCACUCAACGUCACUGACGCUCUGAGCUACCUCGAUGCCGUCAAAAACCAGUUCCACGAGAGCCCGGACGUGUACAACCAAUUCCUCGACAUCAUGAAGGACUUCAAGAGCCAGGUAAUCGACACACCGGGCGUCAUUCAGCGUGUCUCCCGGCUCUUCCACGGCAAUCCAUAUCUUAUUCAAGGCUUUAACACCUUUUUGCCCAUGGGCUAUCGAAUAGAUAUUGCAGUAGACCCCUCCGACCCCAACAUAAUCACGGUGACGACGCCACUGGGAACGACCACUCAAAACACGAACAACACCGCCCCGAUACCUCGGAAUGCACGAGAAUUGGACCCAAUGCUUCCAGCACCCGCAUACGUUAACGCAGGCCCGGGGCCAUACCCCAUCACAUCCACACUACUUCAGAAUACCGCCAACGGCCCCGGGUCGCGCUCACAUACCCCUCAUCUUUUCCCCACCCCCACUGGACCCCCUCCACCAUACGAACCUGUAUACUCGCCAGGAAUACAAGGGCCACAAACAACCGCUGCUGCCGCCUCAUUCCUGAACUACCUCAACAACAAUAAUAACAAUAACGUCAACAACGUCGCAGGCAGCAGCAGCAAACAGGUCGAGAAGCAGCCAGCCGGGGAGUUCAACCAUGCUAUCCAAUAUCUCAACAAGAUAAAAGCGCGUUAUGGCGACGACCCCAACACUUACAAACAGUUUUUGGACAUCCUGCAGACUUUUCAGAAGGAGCAGAGACAUUCUCCCGACGCUCAGGUGUAUGUGCAAGUACAAAUGCUUUUCAAAGAUGCGCCCGAUCUACUCGCCGAGUUCAAGGACUUCCUUCCAGAGGCCAUGCCUGGUUCUAUGGGGCCCAAUGGUGUUCAUAUCAUGCCCCAGUCUUCGACCACAUCCUGGGGUCCUGGAGAAUCCAGUCCGCCACACACACAAGUCAAAAAGCCUACACAAGCUCCCAAGCGCAGUAGAAAGCGGGUGCCAGAGAAAGAAGCCACACCCGUCCCGCCAUCGAAACCUGCUCCGUCACGGCAACCGAAGAAAGUCAAGCAUAGUCAUAACCCGGACAACGAACCGGCACCUUUUGCGUCAUACCCUGUACCCCUCUCACCUUCACAAAGUCAUGCCUAUCCAGUUGCCCAAGGGCCGCCUCCAAUACAUUCCCAUGCAGGCCCACACGGAGUGCACCACCUUAGCGAUUAUCAAUCGAAUACAUCCCCAGGCAAACUGCUAUUCUUCGAUCGCGCGAAAAAGUCGUUGGAGAGUCAAGAAUACGACGAAUUCCUGAAACUGUUGAGUUUGUUCUCGAAGGAUAUCAUUGAUCUUCAAACUUUGAUUGAACGCGCGAACGUGUUUUUGGGUGAAGGUGACCUCAUGACGGACUUCAAGGACCUGGUAGGAUAUGAUGACAGAGAUAAGGUAGAAAGGGGUCCACCAGGAAGCAUUAGGACGGGUCCGCCUGAGCUCCCCACUGCCUUGCCGGUGGACGACGGAGAAGGCCCAAGCUAUAGAAAAUUACCGCCUAGCGAAACUCAAUUGGCAUGUUCUGGGCGAGACGAGCUAUGCCGUUCAGUUCUCAAUGAUGAAUGGGUUUCGCAUCCUACUUGGGCUUCUGAGGAAUCCGGGUUUGUAGCACAUAAGAAGACACCAUUUGAAGAGGCUGUUCAUCGAAGCGAGGAGGAGCGACACGAAUACCACGUUCAAAUUGAAGCUCUAGUCAGAACGAUUGCUGUUCUAGAGCCACUGAACUCGCGAAUCGACGAAAUGACAAAUGAAGAACGUUCCCACUUUAGAUUGAAACCUGACUUCGGUGGAUCGGGUAUGUCGAUUUAUCAUCGUAUCAUCAAGAAGAUAUAUGGGAAGGAUAUGGGGUUGGAGGUCAUCCAGGCGCUGCAAGACUGCCCAAGUGUUGCGGUGCCGGUGGUUUUGAAUCGUCUGAAGGCGAAGGAUGAAGAAUGGAGACGCGCUCAGCGGGAAUGGAGUCGUACAUGGAAAGAAGUCGAUUGUAAAAACUUUUACAAAUCCCUCGACCACCAAGGAACGAACUUCAAGCAAAACGACAAGAAGAAUAUUACGGCAAAGUACUUUGUCACCGAUAUUCAGUCUAUCAAAAAGCAGCAGCUAAAGAAAUGGGAGCGGAAAGGCGUCAAGGCCUUCACGCAGGGCACAGUGGGGCAUCAGCUCGAAUAUUCUUUCAAGAAUACUGCGGUGCUGCAUGACGCGGUCAAGAUGGUGUAUACCUUCUUGGAACACAAUCAUGCCCAGUACAGCCCACCAGAGCGACGUGGAGUCGAAAAGUUUUUGCGUGCAUUCAUUCCAACAUUAUGCAUGUCGUCCGAGGCUGAGUUUUGGGCUACUGUGCCCUUAGAUGGAACCGCAGGCUCUGGUGCAAGCGCUGAAGAGGACGCCGGGCAUGAUGUGAACAAACAGCAGCCAGAAGGGUCACGUAGCGGGAGAAGGUCCACUGGGAGCGGAGGACAGGGUCAUAGCACACCGAUACCGGCCAAUGACCUAAGAAAAAAGCUGCUUAAGACCGCACAGGAGAAAGUGUCUGCCAACAAACGGGGAGGAGCGUCUGUCUCCGGGUCUCGCGCCGAAUCGCCUUCUGCUUCAGGACAUGGAUCGCCACGACCUGGUCGUACGGACGACGAUUCGUCGGAUCCGCAUGACAUUUGGAUCAAAGAAUCCGGUGUAAAGUCGACAAUGGACAACGUCGUAUCUCCGUCCGACAAAGAACGCCCAUAUUUCGUGAAUACGACAUUUUACACGUUGAUUCGUCUUUUUGAGAUUGGGGCCCAGUACGCUGCCCAGAAGCACGCUUCGCUUCUAGCUAAUCGCGUGGCAGUUGAUUUGGGGUUGGAUGAUCCAAAUGGGCCGGCUUCGGUCCUGAAGCAGACGAUAGACCAUCUAGGAAAGCCUGCUGCUGAAGACACCAAUAUCGUCUACAUGUACCUGCUCACUGCCUGCGAAAAGAUGUUCGACAACGAACUCGACCAGGGAACGUUUGAAGAGCAUAUGCGAUGGUUCUUUGGCACCAAGGCGUAUACGUUGUUCACUUUGGACAAAUCGAUUAUAGCUCUGAUCAAGCAGGUUCAAACGAUCCUGGGCGAUAACAAGUGCCAGGAGCUGUGGUCGCUGCUCAAAAGCGCACAGAGCUCCAAAAAUAUAUCCACGCAAGAUAUUAUAAGAUAUCGACGAGAGGCAGAGCGGCAUGUUGGACAAGAUGAUCAUUUAUAUCGCCUUCAAUGGGUGCGAGAAACACGCUGCAUCCGUGUUUCACUGUGCAGCGCUAAUGAACCGAGUGUCGAGACGGACGGUUCUGAGCUAGCGCGGUGGAGGGAGUACGUGAACACAUAUGUCAUGACGCACCCGACAGAGUGGUUGCCAGAGGGGAAGAAAGAGAGCAGCCCUGUGUUUCUACGAAGGUGUGUCCGUGUGGGUGAAGAAAGGCGGAGCACAGCCUCGGUGGUGGAGGACCGAAUAAAGAUACGUGUGAGCUAUCCGCGAUACAAGCUGGUGUACGAGGCAGGAUGUGAGGAUUUGGUUGUGCAGCGGCAGAGCAGCGAGCUGAGGGGGCGGGCACGGCAGCGGGAGGAGGAGCGGCGCAAGUGCGAGCUGCUUAGUUGA